GGCCUUCGUCACUAACAGCUAAUGGAUGUCUUUACCCAGUAUGCCUACAAUGACAGUUUCUACGAUAAUGGAACAUGGGGCUUCAACGGAACAGAUCAAGAGCAGAAGCACCCUUACAACUACUACGCCAUGCUGCUCACUCUGCUCAUCUUUGUCAUUGUCUUCGGCAACGUGCUGGUGUGCAUGGCUGUGUCCAGAGAGAAGGCUCUGCAAACCACCACCAACUACCUGAUCGUCAGCCUAGCUGUCGCUGACCUUCUGGUGGCAACAUUAGUUAUGCCCUGGGUUGUCUACUUAGAGGUAGUGGGAGAGUGGCGCUUUAGCAAGAUCCACUGUGACAUCUUUGUCACUCUGGAUGUGAUGAUGUGUACAGCCAGCAUCCUCAAUCUCUGUGCCAUAAGCAUUGAUCGUUACACAGCAGUUGCAAUGCCAAUGCUGUACAACACUCGCUACAGUUCCAGGAGACGGGUCACAGUAAUGAUCUCUGUGGUGUGGGUGCUGUCUUUCGCCAUAUCAUGCCCCCUGUUGUUUGGCCUGAAUAACACAGCCACUCGUGACGAGUCUCUCUGUGUGAUCGCCAAUCCGGCGUUUGUGGUAUACUCUUCCAUCGUGUCCUUCUAUGUUCCCUUCAUCAUCACUCUGCUGGUUUAUGUGCAAAUUUAUGUGGUCCUGAGGAAGCGCAGAAAACGUGUAAACACAAAGCCAAAGCACCGUGUCUGUCAGGCUGACGACCCUGAUGGGGCCACUUCUCUGAAGGAUAAGUGCACUCAUCCAGAGGAUGUGAGGUUGUGCACCAUGAUUGUUAAAUCUAAUGGGAGUUUUCCUGUCAACAAGAAGAAAGUGAUAUUCAUCAAAGAUGCAGUCAAUGAGGGGGAAGAUCUGGAGCUGGACGAACUGAACAACAGUGGCAGCAGCCAGAAACAGAAGCAGCAGCCGCAGUGUGCUCUUGGAGAUACUCCGGCCACCAGCCACCAGCUAUUGAUGCCCAACAAGGCCAACACUAGCCCCACCUCCUCACCCCCCACACCACCUGAGGCGGGUCAGAAAGCAGAAAAGAACGGAGAUCCGACCAAUGAGGCCCUGGGGAAUCCAGCACCGGUUGUGUUAAAAGCCUUCCAGACACAGGCCUUACCUAAUGGCAAGACUCAGACCUCUGUGAAAACCAUGAGCAAGAGGAAGAUCUCCCAGCAGAAGGAGAAGAAGGCUACUCAGAUGUUAGCCAUUGUCCUUGGUGUAUUCAUCAUAUGCUGGCUGCCGUUUUUCAUCACGCAUAUCUUGAACACCCACUGCACAAAAUGCAAGGUUCCUGCUGAGAUGUAUAAUGCUUUCACUUGGCUGGGCUACGUGAAUAGCGCCGUAAAUCCCAUCAUAUACACCACCUUUAAUGUCGAGUUCAGAAAGGCAUUCAUUAAGAUCUUGCACUGCUAAACUGCAACAUCACUCACCUGACCAGACUGAGGGAGGAGUAAUGAAUGAAAGCAUCUCUUCUGGCAUAUACCUCAUCCUGUUAAGGGAAACGAACCACGGGGGGAAACUGCGAUCUGCUCUUUAAAGUUAUGGAGCAGAGUGACUAGAAAACUGACAGUGUCUUAUUGAAAGGCAUAUUGGUUCUAUAUGUGAAUUGUUUGUGGAGUCCCGUUCCCCAGAUCACUGAAUGUAAAGCAAGAAAUGUCUGUAACAACGACCUGUUUCAUGAAAAAAGAAAAGAUGUACCAUUGUUCUCUAAAAUCAUUGUGCUUGUCACAUAACAAGCCAUCUAUGUAUACCACACACAUUCAAGUUGCAAACUGCUAUUUAUUGUGUACUUUAUAUAAUUAUAUAAAUUGUUGAUAUCAAGUCAGUGUUCAUUGCAGUGUUAAA